GAGGGUGACCUUUGUGUAACUAUUUUCACUCGGCCAGACCCGGGCCCCCGGCUGUAGUAAGAGCCUAAGGGGUUCGACUCUCUCUGUUCGUACUUCGCCCUUCCAAACGAAGGUCCGGCGCUCGCCACCCAGGGUGCUGAUUGCCUUGGGACUACGAGUGGGUUGACAUCUUCGCCCUGAAAAAACCCCUAGGACCUCCAAAGCGUACCCGAAUUGUUGAGCCAUUUCCUCGAACGGUUGGCGUGCGAGCAGAGACGAGAUAAUGAAGGGCAAGACAGUGGCUCUGACCUUCGCAGAGCGCAUUCGGAAUAUCGUGACUGCCAACUGGCAAGCUCAGCUGAAUACCAUCAAAGUUGAUGCCAAAGGGAGCAAGGAUGACAUUUACUCAUCCAAGGUUCACUACAUGUUGAAGAAGGGCAAGCCAUACAUCUGGAUUCGUGAAGGGGACUUGCACAACAUGAAUAUUAUCAUUGAUGAGCGUGCUUCUCUUUCAGUGAGUAGCAUCAUUCCAGGUCCACUUAUGGGCUUGCUGCGAUCUAUAAGAAAGCUGCCAGCUCGGGUUGCUUUGGCAGGUGAUAUCAGACCUCUUAAAGAUGAUAAGGCCCAGAUUGUUACAGAAAGUCUGGCAGAAUCUGUAAUGUCAGAAUAUGAGACAGUUAGCCAGGCCAGUUACAGUGUAUCUGCCAUACUAAGUUCUGCCAGUACCAGUAGCAGAUCAAGGAGCAAAAACCUUCAGGAGAUACUAAAUGAAAGUAGCAACUACAAUGUUUAUAAGUUUAAUAUAAGAUCAUGCACUUAUAUUGAUGGCAGUGGGGGCACCCAUGAUGUGGAACCAGAGGAUGUUAAAGCAUCUAAAGCAGAUAUGUUAUUGCCAUUUUCUGAAAAGAUAAUUGAUGGGAUCAAUCAAAGUCCGACAAGACGUAGAGCAUUGAUUUUUUUCUGUUUUGAAUAUUAUAAUGCAACUGCACGAGAUGCAUUAAUGCUGUCCAUUGACUGGAAUGGAUUCGAUGUCCUUGCUAAGGUCCCCGAAACAAUUACCAGCAGCGGCCUUAGUCAACAGUAUGGAUGGAAAGAGUUCAGGUUCACAUUCACAGAAGAGGCACGAGAUAUUGAAGCUUUUUGCCACAUGCUGGUGGAAUUGGAAGAGGAAGCUCUUCAGAGUGUCAAGAGUUAUAGCGGGCUAGGAUGAACCAUGAAGCCCGUAAUCAUAAUCAAGGCAGUGAUAUCUGAUGAUCGAUCAACAUCAGAGUUCCCUUCCAGCAGAUUUUUUGUUUUUUGUUUUGUUUUUUUUUUCUUCUCUGACUGACCUCUCAACAAUGGAAGCUUUCUUAACAAAAUUGUUAUUCUUUGGUCUGUGGUUGAUGCUAUAAGGAUUUCAAUUUUCCAUCAACUUGGAGAUGUACAAUUAUUAGAAAAUGUUUUGCAACCAAAAGAAUAACUAGAGAAAUUACAGCAAUAAAUGUAUGAGACUACAGCUGCAUUUUUA